UUCUAUAAUUGUACUAGAAUAUGGAUACCCCAUGUAAUUGGAAAGAUUAUAUGUUAGAAAAAUUAAACCAAACAAUUUUCCCCACUGUCGACCCUCUUAUAUAAGUGAAGGUCUCAUCUACUUUGUCUUCACCAAUUCUGUUUUAAAAAUUUAUUUCUUCAGUAUCGCGAGCUUAAUCUAUAAUGGAAUUAAAUGAUGAUGUGAUAAGGAAGCGGGUACUUUGCAUUCUAAUUGUAUGGGGUCUGGUGGCUUAUUCUACCAUGGCUUCUAAACAAGAAAGUCAACCAUCGGUGGCGGCUGAUAGAGUGACGAACUUGCCUGGACAACCCCAUGUCCAGUUUCAACACUACUCUGGUUAUGUGAAACUCCGACCAGAGGGUCAAAAGGCAUUGUUCUACUGGUUCUUUGAAGCCCAAGAUGAACCUUCUCAAAAGCCCCUCGUUCUUUGGCUCAAUGGAGGACCUGGCUGCUCAUCUGUGGCAUACGGAGCUGCACAAGAACUUGGACCAUUUCUAGUUCGAAGCAACAGCACCGAACUCACUCUUAACAAAUACUCUUGGAACAAAGCUGCAAAUAUGUUGUUCCUGGAGGCACCCGUGGGUGUAGGAUUUUCGUACACCAACAAUUCAGAAGAUUUAUAUAAGCUUGGUGAUCAAGUGACAGCCAAUGAUUCUCAUGCAUUCUUACUUGAAUGGUUCAAAAAGUUUCCAAGCUUCAAAUCCCUGGAUUUUUAUAUAGCCGGAGAGAGCUACGCUGGUCACUAUGUUCCUCAACUUGCUGAGCUAAUUUAUGAAAGAAAUAAAGGAGCUAGCAAAGAGUCGUUUAUAAAUCUAAAAGGAUUCAUGAUUGGAAAUGCUGCAAUAAAUGAUGAAACGGACACUCUUGGAUUUGUGGAAUAUGCUUGGACUCACGCAAUCAUAUCAGACAAUCUGUACAAAAACAUAAGGAAGGAAUGUGCAGAUUUUAAGCAGACUAAUAUAAGCACCCAAUGCAUCAUUCUUAUCAGACGCUUCAUGAGUGCUUAUUCAGAAAUUGAUAUAUACAGCAUCUAUUCCCCACUUUGCCUCAAUUAUGCUCACAAAACUUCUGCAAAACUCACCAAUUCUCCUUUUCUCCUCUCCAGACAUGACUUAUGGCUUAGGUUGCCAUUAGGUUACGAUCCAUGUACAGAAGACUAUACAGAGCGAUAUUUCAAUAGAGAAGACGUUCAAAAGGCUCUGCAUGCCAAUAUCACCAAAAUGCCCUAUCCAUACACCUUAUGCAGUGACGUUAUUAGGAGCUGGAAUGACUCUCCCGAUAGUGUGUUGCCCGUCAUUGAGAAGCUCUUAGAUUCCGGAAUGCGCAUCUGGAUCUACAGUGGUGAUACGGAUGGAAGGGUGCCGGUAACAUCUACAAGACUGAGCAUAAACAAAAUGGGAUUAAAAAUAGAGGAAGAAUGGAGGGCAUGGUUUCACAAGAAAGAAGUAGCUGGAUGGGUGGAGACGUAUGAGAAGGGGCUGACUUUGGCCACCGUGCGGGGCGCAGGCCACCAAGUCCCGUUAUUCGCGCCUGAUCAGUCACUUUCUCUCUUCCUCCAUUUUCUCAAUGCCACCACCUUGCCAUCUUCCCGUUUCUAAUUACUCUAUGUAUUUGUGUUAAGUUAUUUGGAAACGAUUUCUGAAGAAUAAAAAUUAUUAUCAUUAUCAUUA